AAUCUGGCAACUGUGCUUCCCGGUCUGUGAAGGUUUAAUCUCGCAGAAUUCCUCUUGGAAUAACCUAUAAAGAUUUAUUCUCAUCUUUUCUAGUCUGUCUCCGCAAUGCCAUGCGCCUCUUUCAUCUCACCAGGCGGAGACAGGAAGGAAAAGAGAGAAAUGAGAACGUUGAAAACUGUGGAGUGAUAAGUGAACAGAAAAUAAUGUAAAUAAACAAGGUGAAACAGAACACUGAUUGACAAGACCGUUCACGCGACGUACAGGUGAUGGAGAUAUGGGCUUGGUGGAGGGGGAGAUAAAAAAAAAACCCUCCCAGCUCAAAUCUUAUCACCCUCGGCAGAUAACCUCGAUAAUCACAGUGCUAUCGAAGCAAAAGUCUCAAGCCACUCCAUCGCCGCUCGAACGAUCUGGCAGACGGGUCUAACGCAGAAGGUGCCACUGAAACGACACGGCCAAAGUGAUAUUAAAGGCGAAAAAUAGAAAACCAUGUGGGCAUCAGUGCUAUAUUUGAUCACCACGGUACUCCUCGCGUAUGGUCUGAGGCAUGUGUUUCUGCCCCAGGCGAAGAAGCUGCACGGCGUGUACAGCGAACCAGACGUAUGGUUCGUGUACUGGCUGCGUUGGCUGUGUAAGGUCGUGGAGGUGUGGGCGCUCCAGUUCUCUCGUCGGCGGAGAGUGAAUAACUAUGACAUCACUGGCUCCUCCUACGAGCUGUGCGGGAUCGAAGCCACGCCCUCGGAAAAGGAGCUCGAGCAGCCGAAACCCCUUAUCACCGACAGGCAUGAGGACAGCAUGCUGAUCUGGGGCGCGGACGAGGCAGGGCGCGGCGUGGUGGCCCGGGUGGUGAGGCAGACCCAGCGCCGCGCAUCCGUCUUCCUGUCCGUCGUGGACCAGACUGGAGACGUCUAUACGUUGCCCAAUCAACCCGACGCGAACCUCGUCAACGUCACGGGCGGCGGGUGGAGGGGAGGCGGCCUCAGUCUGCAGUGCGUGGACCCCAUGCGCUGUUGGAGACUUAAAUUCAAUGGCCUGCCUGUUAAGGUGAGUGGGGUCUACGCGCUGCUGGAGACUUAUAUUCAAUGGCCUGUUGAGACGAAACCUCCUCCAGGCGUGGACCGCGAGAGGAGUACAUCACGGACGAUAAGGACGACACGGACGACAACGAAGUCCUCCACGUCCGCCUCGACCUCCUCUGGCGUGCCGGAACCCGCCGCCUCCGUCAAACUGUUUACAUCCCUGGAGCGCGACGGCUACGACCAGUGGGGAGCCCUUCACGGGAUGGUCACCCUGAAGGACAACCCCGAAGAAUGGUACCUCAGGGGAUGUCGCCAGCACAGGUGGGGCAUAAGCGAGACCGUGGCCAACUUCUACCGGUCUGUAGAUAUCUUCAGCUACUUUAACAACGGAGAGGUGUGUUCCCUCCAGGCUAUCUCCUAUACGUCUGGGCUCUCACACUACGUGGUCGGUUAUGUACAGGAAGCUUCGGGGAGGUAUCGGCCUGUAACCUCUACCACGCUCAGCCUUCCUCAUUUGGCCGAAAAAGCCUCUAUCCCUAAGAACAUACUCACGAGAUUUACAACCAGUUCCGGAAACUACGACUUGUGGCAUAAUCUCGGUCCUAAAAUCACCCAUUACACGGGAGAUCCUUGGUCGCUUUGUCACGUUCUGAACUUCAAUUCUGUAGCUAUUAAUCACUCUUCCGGUUAUGGCAUCACCCUUUUUUGUGACAGGUUUAAAGGCCUUUGUCCAGUGCCAGAAAGGGAAUGCUUGCCUGCGCUGGUUGAGCCGCGGGUGGAGAUAGACGAGGCAACGGCGUUUGUGUUGCCUCUGAUAGAUCAGCGGACUCGCGCUACGUGUCUGACGGGAGGCAAGGCGUCCUCCCUAGCCUUCCUCAUGUCCCUCAAAGACAUUACUGAUGAUGAAUAUGAGGUUCCCGACGGUGUGGUGGUGACGGUGGCAGCUUGGUGGCAGCAGUUAAAGGCCUACCCGGAACUGCAGACAGCGGUGAGGGGCGUCGAGAAGGCCGUCGGAUGCUCGCAGCAGACGCAGUUGAAGGAUGCUUGCGCCAGAGCUGUGGAGAGCUUCAAAUCUACGCCCGUCUGUCCAAAGGUGGCGGAAGCACUCAGGCAAACUCUCGAGGAAACAUUCGAACAAAACUGCCAGUCUCGCAGAUUCGCCGUGAGGUCGUCCGGGUGCGGCGAGGACGGUGAGGAAACUUCGGCGGCGGGCCAGAACGAGACUCAGUUGGGCGUCGUGGGCGUUGAGAACCUUCUGCGUGCCCUGGCUGCGUGUUGGGCGUCACUCUUCACCUUUCAGAGCGUCGAGUACCGCAGGCAGCAUGGGCAGGCAGUGGAAUGCGGAAUGGGCGUUGUAAUACAAGAGAUGGUGGAAGCAGAAGCAGCAGGAGUUCUGUUUCAGCCUCGACCCCAGACUGGGAGUCCUGCCAACAUUACCAUCACUGCUAACUAUGGGCUUGGCGAGAGCGUGGUGUCCGCAGCCGCAGAGCCCGACACGGUGACAGUGGCAAGGUCAUGGCGAGACCAGUUGGCAAUGGCAUCCCGAACCAUCGGUGCCAAGAAGGUCAAAUGCGUCAUGAAAGAGGGCGGCGGUACCCUGGAGGAGGAAGUGCCGUCAGGAGAGCGGGAGCGCGUGUGUCUCUCGGACGCCCAGGCACUGAAGCUGGCUCGCCUUGCGGUCUUCCUCGAGCGGGCCUUCGGGAGCCCCAGGGACGUGGAGUUCGCAGUGACCAAGGACGCCCUGUACCUCCUCCAAGCCCGGCCAAUCACGACGCUGGAAUCCUGGACUGACUUCGAACUCGUUCAUGAGCAAGACACGGCGCUCCUCACUGACCACGAGCUCCUCACUAAAGCCAACGUUGGCGAAGUCCUCCAAGGAAGGAUAUCCCCCCUGACCCUGUCUCUCCUGCCAUCCGUCCUCGACACGGUUUUCCAGAGGGACGCGAUUCGAUGCACGUGGCCGGCCAUCCCCUUCAACCCGCACCACGUGAAGCUCUGCCCGACGUUUGCCUCGCAGUUCUUCCUCAACAUGAUCCAGAUGCAAUAUCAGUACAACCAAACCAGUGAAGUGAACGCCACGUACCAGGCUGUUGACCUCGGUGUGCACGGGUACGAGGUCACGACCCCGCAGUUCCUGGCCUGGGGUAUCGAGCGCUACGGACUUCUGAAUAGGAUGACCCUCCUUCAAAUUUUGCUCAGCUUGAUUUGUGACAAGUUCUCCAACGGCAGCCGAGUCAGUAAAUGCCGCCAGAAAUUCGGAGAUUACAAUCUGGAUCAGGGAAGGAGGACCUUAUCUCCCGAGGCUCUUUAUGCUGAUAUCACUCAUCAUCUCCCAGAUUUAGUUGAGGGGGGCCACAACCACGUCCUCACGAGCAAAUUCAGUUCCAGUAGCCAGUGUAUCGCCCUCCAGAUGCUGGCGGAGGACAACAAGGAGCUGAGCGAGGAUAACCGGAGCGACAUCGCCGUCCUCCUCUCGUCGUGCACCGGCGUCGAGUCCGCAGACGUCCCAACGGCGCUGAAGGCCUUGGCUCGCGUAAUCGCCGAGAACGAGGAGGUGGACGAUUUCCUCGGGAUGGCAGGAGACGAGGCGCAGGUGUGGCUGGAGAGCGACCCGGGCCUCGUCGGGUCCGCCUUCAGGGCCUUCCUCGCCAAGCACGGACACCGCUGCGUCAAGGAGCUCGACCUUCACUCUGUGUCUUGGGGAAUGGACCCUCACACGCUGGUCCAGACGCUGCAGGUGAUGGUGCGAAAUCCAAGUAGCUACACGAGUGUGAAGAAAGUGACUUCCAUUGACCAAGCUCUUGACAGCAUACGAAGUCAGGUGAAGCCCAAGACCAGACGCUCGCUGAAGUUCGUGCUUCCCAUGUGUCGAGAGGCUGUCGUGAACCGCGAGGCCACGAAAUCUCUGGUAGUGAAGAUUCUCGACGGACUCCGGAAAGCGUACAGAAACCUAGGUCAGCUCAUGGUGUCGGAGGCUCGACUGCCUGAAGCUGACCUGAUCUUUUACCUGAAGCACAGCGAGAUUGGCGAACUCAUUAGAACUCGAUCUCCAAGCCUGAUUGCUAAGGCAGUGCGAAGGAAACGGUUAGACGCGCAGAUUGAAGCCCUGAAGUUCCCUGAAAUCUCCGUGGGAUUGCCUCGGCCGAUCUCUGCCAGCCAGGCCCCCACCGCAUCUCCUGACGGCAGCGAGCUCGUCCUGCAGGGAACCCCCGUGUGCCAGGGCAUGGUGACCGCCCCCGCCAGGGUUGUCACGGACAACGGCGACAUCCUGGUCACACGCAGCACGGACGUCGGCUGGACCCCUUACUUCCCCUUGCUAUCUGGGGUCGUCACGGAGAUCGGCGGCUUGGUGUCCCACGGCGCGGUGGUUGCGCGCGAGUACGGGCUUCCAUGCGCGGUUGGGAUAACGUCGGCCACGGCCAUUCUGCGCUCGGGUGACACACUCAUUCUCAACGCCACGAAGGGAACUGUUACCAGAGUGGCAGUUAAGGCAACGUCAGAGGGUUAGACUUUGGAGACACACAGGCUUGGCAGCAUUUAUUUUUUUCUGUGUUAUCGUCGUAUGUGAGUGAUUUUCUUUGUACGGGAAUGUGUGUGCGAAAGUUUAAGUUAUCUGUUUGUUU